UGUAGCUUCAGCUUCCUCUGCCACUUCACUUCCAGUUCACGAUCCCAUUCUGAACUUCCGCCAACCUGUUCGCAUAUCCAAAAACACCCCGCCAGACCCAUACUCACGCUCAGGUCGCCGAGGAGACGCUAUCAUUACUCAAUUGGCCGUACGGCAUUUCUCUUCCGCCUAUCCAAUCAAUUUCUUAAGCCGCGAUCAUGUUCCGAGGCUCGGCUUCUUGUGCAAAGGCAGGCGCAGGUGGUCGCAUGUCGAAGUCAUUGUCAGCUGCCUCUGCGUCGGCGUGGACGGCACGAUCGAGGCCAUCACCAGCUUCCCUCAGAUCUCUGAGUUCCGCAUCUGCCAAAGCAACGAUCACGACUAGAGCAGCUUCCAAUUCCGCCCUCUCUCCGAGAUUCACCACAGCCAGAAGUACCUUGAGCUUCUCGAAAUCACCCCUCCAACCCCGCUAUACUAGCCGAAGCUUCCACGCAACCGCAUACAACAUGGCAGCUACGAGAACUGAGACAGAUGCCUUCGGGCCAGUGCAGGUGAAAUCGGACAGAUACUGGGGAGCACAAACCGAGCGGUCUUUGGAGAACUUCAAGAUCAACCAGCCCCAAGAUCGUAUGCCUCCUCCAAUUGUACGGGCUUUCGGGAUCUUGAAGGGUGCUGCGGCCACGGUUAACAUGAAAUUUGGACUUGGUACGCCUUCUACUAUACAAUCAUACUCCUAAACUUACGAUUCGACAGACGCAAAGAUUGGUAAAGCUAUUCAAGAUGCGGCUGCUGAAGUUGCCUCUCUUAAAUUGAUUGAUCACUUCCCAUUGGUUGUCUGGCAGACGGGUUCCGGAACACAAUCAAACAUGAACGCCAACGAAGUUAUCUCCAAUCGCGCAAUUGAGAUGCUAGGGGGAACAAUGGGCAGCAAGAAGCCAGUCCAUCCAAAUGACCAUGUCAACAUGAGCGCUUCUUCCAAUGAUACUUUCCCUACAGUUAUGCACAUUGCCGCGGUCCUUGAGAUCGAGAACGAGCUUGCUCCUGCCAUCAAGUCUCUCCGGGAAGCUCUCCAAGCCAAGGUUGAUGAGUUUGAGGCAAAGAAGAUCAUCAAGAUUGGACGAACACAUCUUCAAGAUGCUACCCCGCUUACCCUUGCUCAGGAAUUCUCUGGAUAUGUGGCCCAACUUGACUACGGAAUUCAACGUGUUGAAUCCUCCCUCCCUGAUCUCCGUCUGCUUGCCCAAGGUGGUACUGCUGUAGGAACCGGAAUCAACACUUUCAAAGGAUUUGCCGAGGCCAUUGCUGAGGAGGUGACCAAGAUGACCGGUACUCGGUUCACAACCGCACCAAACAAGUUUGAGGCUCUUGCCGCACACGACGCAAUCGUCCAGGCUUCCGGCUCUCUCAACACUCUUGCAUCUUCUCUAUUCAAGAUCGCUCAAGAUAUUAGAUAUCUUGGAUCCGGACCAAGAUGUGGUUUGGGCGAGUUAGCAUUGCCCGAGAACGAACCAGGAAGCAGUAUCAUGCCUGGUAAAGUCAAUCCUACGCAGUGCGAGGCUCUUACAAUGGUUUGCGCUCAAGUAAUGGGUAACUGUUCCGCAACAACAAUCGGUGGCAUGAACGGUCAAUUCGAGUUGAACGUCUUCAAGCCCCUCAUGAUUAGAAACUUGCUGCACAGUGUCCGCAUUCUUACUGACAGCAUGAAGAGUUUUGAAAAGAACUUGGUUGUUGGAUUACAGGCAAAUGAGGAAAAUAUUAAGAGUAUUCUGAAAGAAUCGUAAGUCUACCGCCUACCGAGCACGAAUUUCAAACAACUAACUUCUGCAGACUCAUGUUGGUUACCUGCCUAAACUCCAAGAUUGGAUAUGACGAAGCCAGCAAAGUUGCAAAGAACGCACACAAGAAGGGCUCUACCUUGAAAGAGUCAGCUAUGGAACUCAAGUCAUUGAGCGAAAAUGACUUUGAUGAGUUGGUCAGACCAGAACUGAUGGUCGGUCCAGCAGAAUACAAGAAGAAAUAAAGAACGAAAAUAUGGAUUCUAGGGUUUGCGCUUUUGUGCAAGGCCUUCCAAAAUGGUAUCUUGUAUCGUUUAGCUUGUAUACUUAGGCUAGCUAAGAAUGAAUCGUCUAGUUUAUUGCUCUUUCUUGCUUCACUAGAGGAUUCUGCUACGAGUUUCCACUUGGUCGUUCAGUGGAACUCGGUAUUCACGUUCAUGGAGAUAGCUGUCUCAAACGUCUCGAUACAAUCGGGUCAUUUCUCGCGUAUCUCAACCCCCCCACCUAUCC